AUGCGGCUCCUGGCUAUUGCUCUGUGCUGUCUGGCUUCCAUCCUUUAUGGAGACUCCACAUCUUGUUCAAAGUACCAGGUUUCUUUCAACCGUUCAUGUUAUGAGUUUGUCAGACUUGAGCGCAGCUUCCACAGCGCCCAGACGUGGUGUGAGAGAGGAGGGGGGCACCUGGUUUUUAUUAAUCAGCAAGAGACCCAGGAUUUCUUGGAGAGACACUUGUCAGAUGAUACAGAUUGGUGGAUCGGUCUUGUUCGCAACUUGCAACUUACUAACAACUCGCAUGAAGCAUCCAUGAUCUGGUUGGAUACAUCCAAUGUAAAUUACAGUUAUUGGCGUACUAAUGAUUCCGUUGCUGAUCAUGGCAAAUGUGGCUAUUUAAUGAAAGAUUAUGGUUACCGCUGGGGGGCGACUGUCAACUGCAGCCAGGAAUUCUUCUUCAUCUGUGAAUUUGAAUCUGGACACACCAUAGCAUGUGAUAAUAACAAUGCCACGGUGCAGUGUGGAUCGGGGGAAGUGGUCCAGAUUGGUGACAGCUUCUAUGGCCGUAAGAGUCCGUUCUUCUGUACCCAGGAGUCUCCCAGAGAAACCACAAGUGGUUGUAGAUGGACCAACGUUAGAGAAGAAGUGGCAGGUCAGUGUCACGGACUGCAAGCUUGUCAAGUUGCCACAGACUCCACAGUAUUUGGAGAAACCUGUCAGAAAUUUGGUAGUUACCUGUCUAUUAACUACAGCUGUAUGGAAGGGUUGCAGCUUGAUGUGGUAGACACCUGUCUGGUAUCUGAAAACAUAACGUUGACUUUGAAAUGGCUUCUAGAACCCUAUACCGGGAACCUUUCCUGCAUUAUAAGCAUGGGAGAUGGCUACGCUAUUGAUCCUUAUCAGCCUGACAACAUAUCCAGCAGCCUAACUCACAGUUUCUCAGCGCCUGGAGAAUUUGCGGUGUUUGUUGAAUGUUCAACCAGCGAAUGGCACGUGACUGCUCAGAAGACCCUACUGGUAGAGGAAAGCGGCUAUAAUCUAAAUAUUACUGGCUGUUACAGCAAAUACGAUACAACGGACAUCUGUAGGUCGAUAUAUGGAGAGACCCUGUGGAUACAGGUGGAACUGAAUACAGGCAACCACACCAACUAUUCUUUAGUAGCAGGCAAUGUGACUUUGAUAAACUUCAGAGGAAGUGCCGAACAUACCUCUCACAACCUGACAGUGGACACGGAUACCCAAACCUUGAUAGGCCCUGGCGUUCACCAGCUACACAUCAUGGAGUCCAACAUCAAAACAAAAGCUAAACUCAGCAACGCUGUCACUGUCCAUCUUAUUGAGCCCGUGUCUGGAUUACAGGCUCAGAUAUCCGACACCACGUUGGAAGCUGGGAAAGAACUCUCAAUAAACGUCUCAGUUGCUCGAGGUGCACCGGUUACAUUGACAAUUGAAUUCCAAGGUUCUAAUAAAACCUUCAGUCACACAAGAGAAAGUCCAUUGGGUUCGCCAACCAUGUACAACAUUCCUGUUCAAUCGGAAGGGACCUUUUUGAUAGUCAUAGCAGCAGGAAACGCUUUGUCUAACAUGAGCCUGGACGUUGGGAACAUUACCAUAGUAAACAGCUCCACUCAACAUAAAGGUAAACAUUUGAAGAUUAUCAAGAAACAUAUAUAUAACACAGAUUUAUUUCAAAUUGAGCCCAGCAGACACGUGAAUCCUUUUUCCAAUGUUACCCUGCGCUGGUCAGACAGCACAAGCCAUAAUAUCACCUGGACAUGCGGAACAUGCUGGCCUGGUUGGUUUGAAUGCGUGGAGAAGAAUAUCAUACCAACCAACUCCGAUAAUCUCCUAAUUCCCACCAACUGUCUGCCUCCACCCAAUUCUGCUUUUACUAUCCGAGCACGCGUGGAACUCAGCGACGAAGACACGAUACGGGACGAGCAGUGCUUCUACGUGACAGCUAAACGUCAACUUCAACCUAAAAUCAGCUGUAAAAAAAACUGCGAGGAAGUGAAUUACAAUGAGGAUAUGGUGUUCAGUGCUGCGUGUGACAACUGCAAAGGGGUGUCGUACAGCUGGUACCUUGAUACCAGCUUCCCUGCGAAGAGUGUCCCGCUGCCGGGGGCCUGCCACUUGCGUGACUUCAGGCAGAACACUUGGGUGUUGCUACAAAGUAGCACUUCGAUUCUUGUACUCAACAGCACCUUUCUGAAAGACCAGAAAUCAGAAGUGGCCUUCAGAAUAAAGCUGACGGCCAUGAACUCCCAUGAGUAUGGAGAAGACAGCUUGGUCGUCAGCGCAGUGCCCCCACCAGAGAUCCCAAGAUGCUCCAUAGAGCCUGACGAGGGGUCCGUGCUGACCAGCUUCCAGAUCUCCUGCCGUUCUCCAUGUUCUUUUACAGAUUCAUGUACUAAUGAUAAACGCAUCUCUCUCACCUACUGCAUCUACCCAAAGCCAAAAUCAUUGCUGUAUUGUGGCCCCGGCCCAGAAUUCCCGUCAGUUUAUCUGCCACUGGGUGAGGAAAAAAAUGACUUUAUCCUAAAUGUUACGGUAACCGUCAGUAAUAACUUUGGACGUUCCGUCAACACAACAAUCAAAGCUAAGAUCAAAUAUGAUGAGACAGAUCUAGAUAACCAAAUCCUGACAUCUUUUGUGUCCGCGAAGACUAGUAACAUUUUGAAAGGGGAAAACGGAGGUUCCUCGCUGAUCCGGCUGUACAAGUCAGUAUCUUCUGUACUGAAUCAGGAUUUUCCAGGAAACAAACAGAAUCUUUCCUGGCAAAAAGAAAACAGAAAAGAGUUACGAGAAGUGAUGCUAACGGCUCUUUCUGAUGUAAAUGUCACAUCCAUGCAGACAGCUCUUGAGAUCUCAGAGGUGCUGAAGGACCUUACGUGGAGGAGCCAAGAGCUCUCCACCGCAGCGCAGGUGGAAGCCAGCGCUGCUCUGGAAGAUGUCAGUGGGUCUUUACUUACCAUUAGGGGUGAAUCAGACCAGACAAGGGCAGAGGCAGCUAGCUAUCUGUUUAAUGCCCUGAGCAAUGUGUUAGAGGCUACGGUCAGUAAUGGAAGCAGUCUCACCCUUGGCACCGGCAGCAUGCAGAGUUCCGUGUCCCUCCAUCUAUUAAGUACGGUGGAUAAUCUCCAGAGUGCUCUACUGAUUGGUAAACUGCCAGAUAAUGAGCCAGUGAUCCUGGCGGCACCGUCGGCUACCAUGUAUAUUAACAGGGUACAGACUGACCAAGUGAAGAGGACCUCUGUGAAUAUCCCCGAUUCCAACACAGCUGCCUUCACCCUGCCCUCCCUGUCUGCCCUGCCGCUUUCUACAGAGAGUGACGAUGCCGUAGAUCUGAGGAUGGUGAGUUUCUCUGUGAAUCCUUUCUCCUCGGAUUGCGCGUUUGACGUCAGCGGGUCUGUAGGAGGAUUAAGCCUUACCAGCACUAAUGGAUCUGUCAUACCUGUUAUUGACCUCACAGAAUACAUCGAGAUAAUAUUACCCAGGUUUUCCCCGGAUGAAGAAGAGAAAAGCAUCAUUAAUUUGGGAAACUUCACAGCCCUCCUAAUAAAUGUAACUUCUGCCAGCGUUCCUCUGGUGAUUCAUCUCGAACCCAGUGAGGAAAUACCACUGAUUCUGUACUUGGGUUAUGAAUAUCAUCCUAAUGACACAAACUAUGACAUCACUACUCGUCUGCCUACUGGAACACACUUUGGAGAUAAUAUUUAUUCGUGGGUUAUAAACCCGGAGGAGUUAUUUUUAAGUGAAGGAACAUACUACCUGAUGGUUGAACCUGACCUGGAAGACGACACUUCUAGAAGGAGCAACAUAACCAUAUCAAUUACCUCCUUUACCACCCAGUGUGUGUUCUGGGACGAAACUAAUGGGGAAUGGAAUACCACAGGAUGCAAGGUGGGCCCCAAAACCAGCCCUAAAAGCACGCAGUGUCUCUGUAGCCACCUCACCUUCUUUGGAAGCUCUUUCAUAGUGAUGCCCAACGCUGUUGAUGUUAGUAGAACAGUUGAGCUUUUUGCUACCUUUGUGGAUAAUCCUGUAGUGGUGACCACGGUCGGAUGUAUCGCUGUUCUUUACGUGUUGGUGAUGAUUUGGGCCAGGAGGAAAGAUAUCCAGGAUUGCGCUAAGGUGAAGGUCAUAGCACUGGAAGAUAACGACCCAUUUGCACAGUACCGUUACCUCGUCACCGUUUUUACCGGUCAUCGCAGAGGAGCCGCAACCACUUCCAAAGUGACUAUCACCCUCUAUGGCUCUGAAGGGCAGAGUGAGCCUCACCAUCUCUGUGACCCCGAUGGACCUGUGUUUGAACGUGGUGGGGCUGAUGUUUUCUUGAUCACAACGAUUUUGCCGCUUGGAGACAUAGUGAGCAUCAGGCUUUGGCACAACAACUCUGGAAGCAAGCCGUCAUGGUAUGUCAACAGAGUGCUGGUUCAUGACUUGGAGCUAGACAAGAAAUGGUAUUUCCUCUGCAGCUCAUGGCUGUCCAUUGAUGUUGGAGAUUGUGUGCUGGAUAAAGUGUUCAGUGUUGCCACAGAAGAAGACAUGAAACAAUUCAGCAAUUUGUUUUUUAUGAAGACUUCCAAAGGAUUCCGGGAUGGACAUAUCUGGUACUCGGUGUUUAGCCGAUCUCCCAGAAGCCCUUUCACCAGAGUACAACGGGUGUCAUGCUGCUUCUCACUUCUUCUUUGUACCAUGCUGACCAGUAUAAUGUUCUGGGGGGUGCCAACUGACCCAGCCGAGCAGAAGAUGGACUUGGGCAAGAUAGAGUUCACUUGGCAAGAGGUGAUGAUUGGAUUUGAAAGCUCCCUCCUUAUGUUCCCCAUCAAUCUGCUGAUUGUUCAGAUCUUCAGAAAUGUCCGACCAAGGAAAACCAAGGAUUCCACAGAGAAGAAAGACAGAGAAUCUUUGCCAACAGCCGCUAGCAAGUCUUCACCAGAUAUUUCAAUGUUCUCUCUUACAACAGAGUCCAUAAUGAAGGAUAUCCGGAGAAUUGCCAAUUUCCUUUAUAAAUCGCAGAAGACUGCCUCAUCUCUGGUGGAUUUGGGAAAGUCCAAUGACAUAAACAAACUCUUAACAUUGGUAGAGGACAUUAUUGUCAUGCAGAACCAGCAAGGCUUUUACGAAGACAGCAAGAAGAGAGAGCGUUCUCUUAUACUCAGCCUGGGCUCAAUGAACCUCCAGGAUGAAACCAGGAGUCCAACCCCAGAUAAGGUUCCUUGCGAUCAGAACCGUUUUCUGUACCAACAGAUCCAGCAUGUGGAGAAGAAGCUGAGUUUCUUGGGACCUCAUCAGUUCCCAAACCCUGAAAGUUACAGGCAGGCUGUUAACCGAGUGCAACACGUGAAAGGGAUCCUGGAGCAUCGCCUCUUUUCUUCCUCCUCUGCCAGUGAAGUAUGUUCAUCCAUGGGUAGUCUCUCUGAAGACGGGAAGAAGAACACAUCCAAAGGGCUUCCCUGGUGGUUUGUCUUCAUCGGCUGGUUUCUGGUGAUCUCCACCAGUGGUGUAUCUGGGUUCUUCACCAUGUUAUACGGAUUGCACUAUGGAAAGGAGAGUUCCAUUAAGUGGCUGAUCUCAAUGGCAAUCUCAUUCUUUGAGAGUCUCUUCAUUACUCAGCCUUUAAAGGUGCUGGGGUUUGCAGCAUUUUUUGCUCUCGUUCUAAAGAAAGUAGAACCUGAGGAUGAAGAAGAGACCGCACUCAACGGAGAUCUGUCUGCGCCAGGUGAUCUCGGCCCCUUUCUUGAGUCUCGAAGAGACAGUGACGUCUAUCAGCCUCCACCUCCUACUGACGUAUCCAGGAUGAAGAUCAAUUAUAUCAAGGAACAAAAAGUGUUUGCAUUAAUUCGUGAAAUACUUGCCUAUCUUGGGUUCCUAUGGAUGCUGCUGUUAGUUGCUUAUGGGCAGAGAGACCCAAAUUCUUACUACCUCAAUAAGCACAUUGAGAGCAGUUUUACCAGCGGGCUUGACGAUGUUUGCAGCUACCAAAGUUUCUUCACGUGGGCAAACACAACUUUAAUCAACAAUUUGUUUGGGAGCUACCCAGGCUUUGUAACAGAUGGUAACUCCAAGCUGGUUGGCAGUGCAAGACUGCGUCAGGUCAGGGUGAGGCGAGAUUCCUGCCCCAUAGCCCAUGUACUGCAGGGUACAAUAGAAAGCUGUCGGGCGCCAUACUCCCUAGAUGCGGAAGAUAUGGGCAACUAUGAGGAGCGGUGGAAUGUCUCUGCCUUCGCAAACAUAACGGACACAAGCUCAGCGUGGAACUAUCAGAACCAGUCCAAACUUAGGGGUCAUCCAACCUGGGGAAAGCUGGCGACAUACAGAGGAGGCGGCUAUGUUGCACAUUUGGGAAGCGAUCGGAAUACUGCAUCCAGUGUUCUGCAGAAUCUCUUCAACAAUGUAUGGCUGGACACGUACACCAGAGCCGUGUUUGUAGAAUUCACAAUCUAUAAUGCCAAUGUGAAUCUGUUUUGUAUAGUGAAGCUGGUAUUUGAAACCAAUGCACUAGGUGCCUUCUUCACUUACCCUGAUCUCCAGAGCAUCCGUCUUUAUCCUUUCACCGACGGGUUGCAUAUUUUUGUUGUCGCCGCAGAAGUCAUUUACUUCCUGUUUGUUAUUUACUAUAUGGUUGUACAGGGGAAACUCAUGAAGAUGCUGAAAUGGGGUUACUUCCAGAGCAAAUGGAACUUGCUGGAAUUGGCAAUAAUCAUCAUGAGCUGGAGUGCCUUCUCAAUCUUCGUGAAAAGGACGAUCCUCGGCUCAAGAGACAUCACCUAUUACCAGGAGCACAAACAUGAGUUUGUAAGUUUUAAUGAAACUGCAAUGGCGGACGCAGCUCUGGGCUAUCUGAUUGCCUUUUUGGUACUUUUAUCAACCGUUAAGUUGUGGUACCUGCUAAGAUUAAAUCCUAAACUGAACAUGAUCACAGCGACGUUGCGCAGAGCUUGGGGGGACAUUUCUGGAUUCAUCACUGUCAUCAUCAUCAUGUUUCUUGCCUACUCCAUUGCGUGUAACUUGAUAUUUGGAUGGAAGCUUCAUUCCUACAAAACUCUUUUUGACUCCGCAACGACCAUGGUCAGCCUACAGCUGGGGAUCUUCAACUAUGAAGAGGUUCUGGAUUACAAUCCUGUUUUGGGCUCCUUCCUAGUUGGAUCAUGCAUCAUCUUCAUGACGUUCGUCGUACUGAAUCUCUUCAUUUCGGUUAUUCUGGUUGCAUUUAGUCAAGAACAAAAGUAUCACCAGGCUUCCGAAGAGGAGGAAAUUGUAGACCUCAUGCUGAUGAAGAUCUGCAGCUUUCUUGGACUGAAACAUAAUAAAGAGGAAAGUGUUUCCAAAGUCUCUUCCAGUAUCCGGGGCAACUAAAGAAUUCCUAAGCAAAUAUAAUUUAUGGUAUUUUUCUAGUUACAGACGUCACGUAGCUGUAACAUAUGGUCAAAUGUGCUGUAUAUUAGCAUCACUUUUCAGCAAAGGAAUGAAUAGUUAAUAAGGCAGCAAGUAUAUUUAUUAAAUACAUGUGGAAAUGCUCAUUUAUUUAUUGUACCUAAUAAAUUAUGCAUCUAACCAA